AUGCAUACAUCGUUUCAGUUUUUCUUUCAGUCUCUCCCUUUUGGAAUCAACAGACAAUCCCACUUUUUCCUUUCUCUCUGCUCCAAGCCCCGCCUACAACUCAAAUGUUUACCGUCAGUUCCCGCCUACAUUUCUUAUUAUUUGAGACGCUCCAUUUCUUAUCUGAAUUUUCUAACCCCGCCUCGUUUCUUUGAAGCUUACACAAUUGUUUCCGACUAUUUUCUUACUCUUUCCUUCCUUUCUUUUAUCAGUUUUUUUUUAUUCCAUUUCCCAUUUCGAACUCCGCCUUUUGUAAUAUCAUCUUCUUUCUCUUCUAAUAAAAUUCCUUCCUCUCCUUUUUGCUCCUCGUUCAAUUGCCGCUUCCUUUUCUCUACCUCCAAGCAGUCACCGCCUCUUUUUCUCUACCCCCAGUUAGUUACCGCCUCCUUUUCUCUACCUCCAGUCAGUCGCCGCCUCCUUUUCUCUAGCUCCAGUCAGUCACCGCCUCCGUAUUCAACACAGUCUCUUUCUCCUUUUUUUUUCAAUAAUUCUGCUCAGUGUCUCUUCUCUUAUCUUCAAUGGCUUUUUCGCCUUUUGCCAUUUUUCUUUAUCCCGGACUCUCUCCGUCUCCAUAUCCGGAGUAAGAUCUUUACUACGAAUUUCAUCUCUUCUCUCUUUUCUUUCUCAGCGCCUCCACCACGCCCUGAUUUAAAUCCCCGCCUCCAACUCCAUCAGUCGAUUUUCUUCUUUCGUUUUUGCCUUUCAGCGUUGAUUUUCUUUUCGUUCUUCUUUUUAUAUUAG